UUGCAGGUAUACCCUCCGCUGUCGUCAGACGGAAUCCCACUCGCCGCAUUGACUCCGGCGUUAACACACCCGUCUGACGUUUCGUUUGAGAUCCUUCGAAAUAAUUCGCACGACCAUUCAAUGUGCAUUAAUUAAUUUAACGGUGAAGUAAUUGUGAAGAGUGGAUACAUCAAUUGAAUAAUUGAAUAAUUGAUUUUUGUAUCUGAAUUGAUCGACAUGGACGGGCCCAAAGACAUUCGCAAUUUUUCCACUGACGAGAUGAACGAUUUUUUGAACUCCUUCGAUACGGUUAUGAGUGAUUGUGAUGGUGUUUUAUGGUACUUGACUACACCAAUACCGGACGCAUUGGCGAGUCUGAAGACACUGCAGGGUCUCGGUAAACGAGUGCUCUUCGUUUCCAACAAUAGCUGUCAACUUGUUGAUGAUUACAUUGAAAAAUUGAGGAAAAUGAAGUUCGAGGCAACACCUGAACAAAUUGUCAUUCCGUCAUCAGUCAUUCUCUGGUACUUGAAGAAAAUUAAAUUUCAUGGAAAGGCACUCGUCAUCGGGACUAAACCGUUUAUUAAGGUGUUUAAAGACGGUGGAAUCGACGUUAUCUCGCCGCCGGAGACACUUGUAGAAAAUUACGAGUCGAUACCAGCCCUUGUAAAACUCGAUCCAGCCGUCAGAGCUGUUAUCUUCGAUUUCGAUUUAAAUUUAAGUUGGGCGAAGAUUUAUCAGGCUUCGUUAUACUUAGCACGAGACAAUGUCAUUUAUCUCACGGGUGCAUUGGACAGAGAUUUGGUGGUGGCCAAGGAUUUGUUGCUAUUAGGUAUCGGCCAGUUCUCGGAGAUUAUUGCAGAACGAAGUGGUAAGAAACCAAUCGAGUGUGCGAAGCCGAGUGAACAACUGCAGAAUUAUUUAGUCGAACACUUGAAAAUAACUGACCCAAAGAGAUGCAUUUUUAUUGGAGACUCAUUAUCUGCAGACAUGAAGUUCGCCGAAUCCUGUGGAUUCCAGCGGUUCUGGGUCGGCUCAGGUCUCGAUAAACUGGAUUCCUGUAAGGCCCAGAAUCGUCCCAUGACUGCGGACUACUACCUCUCGGACCUGGGGGCCCUGAAUUCCCUGAUUAAAAAAUCCAAAGCCGAGUCAGAUCAGCACAGAACUUGAAAUAAAAUUUCUGCACUUAUAUAAUUAUAGAAAUAAUUAAAAGGCUUGUGAUACUAGGCCACACUCUCUGGACACACUACCAUAAUCCUUUUUAUUUAUAAAAUAUCAUUCAUAUUUUACUAGAAUUUUUUCGUGUCGAAAAUUCAUGUAUUCCAUUCUCAGUGACGAAAUAACAAGUCAAAAAAUCGAGGGACAAUCAGGCGACAAAAAUCUUGAAGCUGAGGACAAUAAUACAAUUUCUUAUGCAUUUAUUAUUCAAAUAUUUCUGUCUGUUCCUGUUAAUAGUGUCUUUGUAUUUUAGUAAAAUUCUUUUGUAUGAAAAAUACAGUUAUGAAUUAUUCAAA